UGGGUAACUGCUCCAGACUGCAUUUUCUGCACCACGCACAGAAGAUUUUCCGCGCACAUUUUUUAUGCUUUCUAUAUAUUUACUAUUAAAUUUUCGAAAUCUCCGGCACGCAAUUUCCAAACUUUGCAGUCUGGUAUAAACUGCUAACAUUAUGUUAUUUCAUUUAUUAUUAUUAGUACCUUAAACACUUUAUCACGUCCAAAUAUUCUUCAGUUUUUCCUGAAACACACUUCUCCUUUACAUUUAACUUUUCUUUCGACUUUUUCAAAUCUUUCUUGAGCUGACAGACAACUUCAGACAGCGCUUGCCUGUCUUGCAAAUCAUCUUCUAAACUUGCUUUUUCUUGCUCCAGCUCGCAAAUCUUCCGUUUUGCCUUCUGCAAUUCAUUGUUCAAAAACUUUUCUCUGUUAGUAUUUUGUUCAUUUUCCUUUUCGUCAUGUCGUUGCCCCAAUAUUUUGUCAGAAUUUCUACUUUUGUUACUAUAGGCGACUUUUUCGCCAUCUUUUUUCAGUUUACUACUAGUUCCAAUUGUUUCAUAACUUGACGGUGGUAAAAGGACAGGCUUUGCACUAUCUGUUGUAGUUUUUGCUGCAAUAUUUUCGUCUGGUUUUGUAAAAUGCGAAGGAGCGAGAAAUUUUGGAUUUGAGAAACCCGCCAUAUUUGUUUUUAGUUACCAGUCUUUCUUUCUACAUGAAGUAUCCCAAAUCAUGGAAUCCGCUGAUGGGGCUCGUUUUAAACAAUAUUUUUUUACUUUUUACACGUGAGAUUUUUAUUUUGUCGAAAAAAAUUCAGGAUCGAAGAAAAUAUAUUUGAAAGCGAUGGGAAAAUUACGCAAGAAGGUAAUCUAGUAACUGCAGGUGUUAGUUAUGUAGGUCUAGUGCGGGCGAGAUGAUUGUGGGAGCUCUAAAACACUCAGUAGUUACUGAGCAUUUUUUUAUGUGUCUGUAGUCAUAUAUUAAAACGUCCCAUAACCACCAGUAGCAACUUUGCCACUCAAAAAUAGAGAUUUCUAUUUUGUGCUCCAAACUGUUGAUAAAGUGCUGAGUAUAGUAUAUAAAUAGGGAUCAUCCAUAAUUUAUAUCAACAUUUUCACAAGCACACAUUACAGAGAUUCAGGGAGUACUCUCUCACCCCACAAGGGCCAACCCCCUAAUUUCCAAGGGUGGGUAGUAGCGAAGUAGUUGUAGUUCGCUACUGUAGCGAACUACAAUUUUCAAGUAGCCAGUAGUUUUUGACUACUUUUUCAAAACAGUAGCUGUAGUUAUAGCGAACUACAUUUUGCCUAAAAGUAGCCAAGUAGUUGACUACUUUUCAAACAGCAAAUCGCUAUUCGCUACUUUUUUAAAUUGUUAGCAACUUGAUAGAAUAGAAUGUUAUUAAGGACACAGUUUGCUUAAAAUCAAUACUCAAUUUGCACCAAUAAAGUAUACCGUGCAACUGUUCAAACUGUGCAAGUGCAUGCCCACGUAAGUCGAUUUGUUAUAGGUUACAUUACAGCCUGAGCUAUAGUAGAUGUUCCAAAUACAGUAAAAUUAAAAAAUAUUGAGUAGAGAAAUAGUUCGCUACAUUUUUUAAGCAGUAGCUGUAGUCAGUAGCGAACUAUUUUUGUUCAAAAGUAGCAGUAGUUGUAGCUGACUACAUAUUUUUGAAGUAGCUGUAGUUAUAGCGAACUACAAAAAGUUUGUAGUCAACCCACCCUUGCUAAUUUCCAAAAAUGGUGACUCAUGAUAGGUCUGUAGUUCAAUUUAAACAACAUAAAACAAUAGACACACUGAAAAUUGUGAACAUUUUCAUUCUUUCAAACUGUCCAUUGUUUUGUGUUUUAUAAAAAUACUCUAUGGCAACCACAUUUUUUUUUAACAGCAUACAGUGAUCAUUCACCCUCUCCCAUCCAGCAUGAUAAAAUAUUGAUAAUUAUGGAUGAGCACCAAAAGUAAAAGAAUUAUUUAUAAUUUUAAUUAAGGGGUGGCAUUUCAUCUGAAUUAUCUCAUAAUAGUAUGUUUUACUUUCUACCACAAUUAUAGGGAGAAAGUGGUGCGGCCACUCUGUACAUUGCCAGAAAUCAAGCACUCAAUAAAUUACAGCUUAGUUUGCCAGACUUUAGGUAUGUUAAAUAGACAAAUAUCACCCUUGAAUUUAUAGGAUACGCCGGUUUUCUCCCAUAGUAACACUGGACGAAUAAUUAAUGUUUUACUUGCCAGGCGUUUGUGCAUCUUAAAAGGAAUCUAUCCAGUCGAGCCAAAAAAUAAGAAAAAAGUAAACAAAGGUAGUAGUGCAAACAGAACAUAUUACUACAUCAAAGACAUCCAAUGGCUGGCACAUGAACCUGUGUUGAACAAGUUUAGAGAGUUUAAAUCAUUCUUGAAGAAAUUAAAGAAAGCAAUUGGCAAAGAAGAACCAAGAACAGCGGAAAAACUAGAGGAGAAUAAACCUGUGUACACUCUUGAUCACAUUGUGAAAGAAAGGUAUGGUUUAAACUUUUCUACAAUAUAUUUGAAUAAGUCAUAUGAUGCAUGAUUUAGGGUGUAUUAUCGGGUAUAUACUCGGGUAACAGUGUUACACUAUCUUUAUUUAGGGGUAGGGUUAGGGGUGGGGUUUGGGUUAGUGUGUGUAACACUAUGUAACACGGUGGGGUUAGGGUUAUUGUGUGUAAAGGCAGUUUUCCAGUCCUCGCACGAAGCUCCUCGCAGCUCGCUGCAAGUGCUUGCAUCUAAUUAAAAUGAACUAUUUAGCAUUGUGAUUGGAUGAAAGUGCUCAUGCAUCACUCGCAACGAGGAGCUUCGUGCGAGGACUGGAAAUCCGCCUUAACACUAUGUAAACUAUGUAACACGGUGGGGUUAGUGUGUGUAACACUAUGUAACACUGUCAGCACUCUGUAUCACUGUGUAACACUAUGUAACACUGUGUAACACUAUGUAAGAAUAUGUAGCAUUGUUUAAGACUGUGUAACACUUGUAACAGUGUUACAACUGAGUGCUAUAAUAAAGCCACCCUAAAUCGUGCAUUUGUAUAGAAUAAGUACUCAUUCAUUCAGUCAGUGGAUUGGCCUGUUAGUCGGCCAGCCAGUCAGAUUUAAAUAAAUAAAUGAACUUGUAGGUAUCCUACUUUCAUUGAUGCAAUUCGCGACCUAGAUGAUGCUUUAUCUAUGGUAGUUUUAUUCUCAAGUUUACCACAAACAGACAAAAUAGAGGUAAUGUAUAGAUACAGUACUUUAUUUAAUUAACCCAUCGAGUGCCACUGUUCUCCCCUUGAUGAGUAAAAUUGACAGCCUCCUAUUGUAACCUACAAUUUUGAAAUAAACUUUUCAAAUACUUAUUUUAUCAGGGCAAAGUUGUGAAAAAUUGUAAAAGAUUAUAUGGUUAGUUUUAUGUAAAUGUUAAUCAUUAUCAAAAAUGUAUUUUCACUAUUUUGUACUAACAUUUCCCAUGGUAAAAGUCUGUCAAUCUUUGUUUUAGUUGAGUUUCAACACUACAUAAUAGCAUCAAAGUCCUUGAGAAAGGUAAUUAUGCAACAAAACUAAAAUCUAUUUUAUUAAUUACUUUCAUUGUUUUUAUAAUGUGUUUUUAUUAAAGGGGAAGUCAAGUCCGUUCUGCACAUCGGUUCUGCUCAUAACAAUGUGAGGACCUCUAAUGUGAAAAUUGCCCAAAUUUCGAAUGUUUCGAAUUUUUCUGAACAUAAACUCUAUUUCAUAUUCAUUUAGAAGCAUAGCGAACCAAAAUAGUGUUAGAUAUUCAGACAGUACAUCAUAUUUUUAAAAAUACAGCAGUUCAAAAUGUAAACAAACCGUUUGUUUACAUUACGGACUUGACUUCCCCUUUAACAAAUUUUCUAAUUGCUAAUUAAAGUACAAAUUACAAAUUUAAUCAAUGAAAAAUAUGUUUUCUAGGUGUUCUUUUCAAUCAAAGGUAUAUAUUACCAAGCUGAAAUUUCAGGUCAUCCAGUUACAUGGAUUACACCACAUUCUUUUUGUCAAGAUGUAAGCACAAGAUUUUUCAUUGUUACUAGUUUUGAUCAACCCAUUGAGUGGCAGGCUGAGCACUCUUCCCUUGACAUCUUGAUGAGUAAAAUCGUCUGGCAUUAGCCGUUAGACAGGGUAAAAUAAUACAGACAGUAGGGUACAUCAGGGUGCAUUACCACUCAAUAUAAGUUUCGGUUUGUCGAUACACCAAAAAUAUUUCAUUUUGAUUCGUUAUGACAAAAAUGAUUUUAUCGUUCUAGAUGCCUGCUGAUGUCGACUUCAGGAUAAUGCUGACUUUCAUAGAAUUUUAUACAACACUCACUGGUUUUGUUAACUUUAAACUGUUCAAUACGGUCAACUUACACUAUCCCCCAAAGGUAACAGUGACUGCAUACGGCACAUGCAAUUUGUUUUAGUAUUACUUUUAUUGCAUAUACUAUAAUUUCUAAAAAGGCUAACAAUCAAGUAGUUGAACACAGUUGUUUCAAUAAAAUAUUACGAUCAGAGAGCGUCUGACCUAUUCCGGACAACAUUCCAACUGUCUUAUGGAACAGCCACUUUUGAAUUAAGACAGCCACUAUUUGUAGACAGCUAGAAAAAGGUUUCUUUAAACGUUAACUGGCAAGCUCUGUGAUAUUUCUUGAAUACAGUACGUACCUCAUAGUUAUCAGCUGCUCUUUACUCUAUUGCUAUAUUUCCACACUUUUUGAUUAAAAAGGCACUAAAGUAUAUAUGACAAUUAAUUUAAAGUGUGACGUUACCGAAAAUAGGCUGCCAUAACCACUUUAUUUUUGGAUGGCCAGUUUUGCCACCUUGGCUAAAAGCCUGGUCCUAUUCAAUUGUUUCAGCUUACCACGACAGAAACCACAUCCGACAAUGACAAUUCAUACUGUCAAGAAUCUGAACUGGAGUCAGAAGUAAGAUUUAAAAUGUGAAUUAAUAAAAUGCCCUGCAGAAUGUUAUAUAUGGGAGCAACUAAAUUUCAUGUACUUCAUUUUGGUCAUUUAGGGUUUGGCUGCGUUGAGUCGGUCAUUACUAACCGUUCCUAAGGGUAAGUAUAGAAUGUUACAAAACAUGAUCAGGCACUUAAUUUUUUCUUCCAAAUUCAAAACUUCCAAUGUACUCUUACUAGAAAGUACUUUCACUGGUUUCAAAACUGAAUGAAUUAUUGUUAACCAUUAACUUGUAUUGCGCCCUACUUUGUUAUUUUACUCGGUCUAACGCCAGAUGGUUUUACUAAUGAAGGGGAGAGCACUGGUACUUGAUGGGUUGAACUUUUGCUGAAAACCUUGAAAACUUGCAUAAUUAUAUCUUUCCGAUCUUCUAACGUCCUCAAUUACUGAAGAACUUCAUCAUCAAUUGACACUUCAUCCCUUUUCAACUGAUAAAAACUAUUUAACCUGCCGGUUUCUGAAGUUUCCCCAGUACAUCCUUCUUCAAUUGCCCGACAUUUUGUGCACAUGUUUUCUUUCUGUUUUAUAGAAUCUGGCGAUGACCCAGUGAUAGACGAAUUUCCAUUAGAAACCGAGGUACGACAAGCACUCAUGGAAAAAAGUGUUUAAUGUUCCUCGCAUCCUGAAUUUGCCUUUUUAAACGUUCCUCAAAAUGGAAAAUUAGACCGCACAUUUGCCACAUUAUGUCAUGCAUGCAACAACAAAGCAGGGUAACUGGUACGCCAAUGGUUGUUGCUGCGUACGUUGCACUAGUACAAACUCAGUACUCAACAUGUACUUAGUCAUUAAAAUAAGGUUCAUAAAGUACAGGUUUCUGAAAAGUAUGUUCAGACUACGAGGUAGAAAAAGAAACAAACGAUCGACUCCAACGUUUCUUGGUGCCAACAUUACUGAAUUUGUUUCACAGACAGAGGAUGAACAAGCGCAAAAAGCGAAGAACGAACAAGAGAGUCUGGACAGAUUACUAAAUCUGUUUUCUGAAUGCAAAAUAUUUUUAUCAAGAGAAGUUCCAAGGGAAAGUUUGGUAUUCAUUAUAAGGUACUGGCCAUGAACAUAACGUAACUAUUACUGGUGUAUAUGCACAAUUAAUAUGAAGGAUCAAACGAAACAGCCAUCGUCUUUCGAAGCUAAAUUGUCUAUACAUAAUGCACGUAAAACGCAAUUUGACCGCGACAGAUGGCAAGCCGGACACAAUUUCUGAUGAGAGUAUAUUUCACUGAGUGUAGGAAUAUUUUACCAUGUCACACAGUAUGAUAUACCACCAAACAUAAAUUUCUAAGUGACGAUGAGAAUUGUGCGCACAAUUGCAGGCUAAUAGCAGGCAGUUAAAUAAGCUUACUGUUCCGUUUUGUGAUUCAGGAGUUUCGGUGGAGAAGUAUCAUGGCCAAGUUCACUGGCCUUGGGAUCAAGUUUUGAAGAAACAGAUGAAACCAUUACGCAUCAGAUUGUUGACAGACCUUUACAGGGACACAGAUUUUUAUCAAGGUAGGGAGUUGGGGGACGCCUUACCCUUUUAUUUCACCCACAGUAGGCUUUGCAUUAAGUACCAUUUUAUUAUUGAUAAUUUAGUAAUGGUAGUUUUACAAAUGACAGCUUUUAUUGCUAAUAACUGUGCUUCACUCAUAUUCCCCAACAAGGAAACACCAAGUACAGUACUCAAUUUUACGUCCUCUCCAGUCUGUGCAAUCCACAUUUACAACUCAUUUUGUAUUUCACAGGUAUUACAUUCAGCCACAAUGGAUGGCAGAUAGUGUCAACUACAGACGGCUACUACCUGUAGAAGAUUAUUUUCCAGGGGUGGACCUCCCUCCCCACCUCUCGCCAUUUGUGAAGGAGGAGGAAGGGGACUAUAUCCCCCCAGAAAGACAAGCCAUGUUGGAGGAAAUGGAAGAAGAGCCGAUAGAAGAAGAUGAGAAAGAAGGUUGGUGUGUUAAAUGAUAUGUGUGAAAAUGAUAUGAUCCGUUCAUUCCCAACUUGUGUUUGGUGGCAAAUUUCCUUGUAGGAAAUUUUUGUCAUCUUAUAUACUGAAAUGCCAAAUAAUUAAAAUUAGUUAUAAUUGUUCAAAAAAUUAUAGUCAAGAGUGUCUUGUGCCAAGAUUGAAAUUAUCACAAUGUUAGGCACCAUACGAUGUUUUAUAUUUCACGUACACAGGCAACUGUAAUUUCAAUUUUGCUGGCAGGAAGAUAUAUACCGGGUGUCCCCCAAAAAACUAUACCCUGUUUGAUUUCAUGUACCGUAAAACCUAUUACAGCUAUUUCACUAAAAUAAAAAGCAUUGUAUUCACAAAGGAUUAACUUAGAUUUUGAUAUAUAACAUUUACAUUUUCGUGCGAUAUUGACACAGCUAUUGACGUUUCAAAGUUGAACUAACAUUUCUGAAAAGUUAAAAAUUAGCAUAAAACAGCAUAUCAAAUUCCAAUUUAGUUUUUGAUUAUUUUUAUUCUAUCUAAAAGAAUGCCUUUAUGAAAUUAUGUACAAAAGAAUCUAGCGUAAUUUUUAUUUUUAAAGUAAAUUUGCAAGGGAAUAAUCCAAAAUUAAAGAUAAAAUCACUGAAGUUAAAAAGAUUCCAUGUAAAGUGACAACUGCUUUCAAUUUAGUUUGAUGCGGCGAUUUUUGUUGUUUUUUCGCCAAUUUCAAAAACUCCUCGUAACUUCAAACACUUGUAUUUCUGUCAAUAUCGCACGGAAAAUUAAAUGUUAUAUAUUAAAAUCUAAGUUAAUCAUUUGUGAAUACAAUGGUUUUUAUUUUAGUGAAAUAGCUUUUAUAGGUUUUACGUUACAUGAAAUCAAAGAGGGUAUAGUUUUUUUUGGGACACCCGGUAUAUAUUUUCAAGACCAGGUUCUCUCUCUUCCAAGUUUCCGCUGCAAACAGAGCUAUACUGAGAAAUGGAUGUUUUUAGUUGUGACUUCUGGAUGUCGACAAGAGCCUGAUGUGAACUCAAGAAACGCUAAGCCAAAGACCACAGUUUUCUAAGCACUGACAUUCUUUAAUAUUCUUCAGAAGCAGACGAUGCCGAGACGAAGACAGAGACAGCAACAAUGACAAAAGAAGAAAGAAACCUCGCCAAGAUGGUUAUGCCGAAGAAAAACAAGAGAUUGCUCGAUAAAAUUGAGUAUUCCAAGAGGAAAAAGGCAUCACAGGUAAAUAAGAGAACAGUUAUUCCUGAUGACUGAUCUUAGGUCUCCAAGAUGGUAGCCAAAAUAUGUGCGAUUUAAUAGCAUCUAGAAGUUGUCAACACUUGCAAGGGCCGUGUACUAGUCCCACUUUUUUCCACGCUUUCCAGUCACAUAAUGUAAAAGGUCUAUUAGGAUUUGAAUGAUAUAUGACGUUUGUUGUGUUCCCAUUGUGUAGGUGAAGAAACUACAGGAGAAAAGGAAAGCUAUUGAUGAACAGAAAACAGCGAAGAAAAUCAAAACAAAAUGAGCUCGUGCAACAUAUGGAGGAACUCCAUCAAUAACUAUAUGUAUGAAACAACUUCUUGAAAGAGGAGAGCGCCAGGCAAGAGUCAGACUGGAAUUAGAACAGUGACCAGUGUGAUAUUUUACAGUGUGCAACGAUAUAUUAAGAAAUCUUGGUGAUUGUAAAAUGGUCAUAAAAUUGAGUGUGAACUAAAGCCUUCGGGCAUCCUGAAGGGCUGAAUGACUUUCUAUACUGUACUUAUUUCAAUGGUAAACCUCAAUACCAAACUGCGAAAGAUACGAUAUUGGAUAAAAACUAAAACGUCACAGAAAUACAUUUUGUGAAUAAUUUACAAUAUUUAACACCUGUGAACUACCUUAUGUGAAAUCACUGGCCAACUGAUUAAAUAUUCAAGCAAGCAAUCGCAGCGAGUAAAUGGCUUCGGUUUUAUUAUGUCCUUUCAAAGAAUGUUCUUUUUAUAUAUUCAGACUAAAAAUAUAUAUUAUUUCACAGUUUACAAAAUAAUUGUGUUCAAUUUUUUGUUACCGUUUUAGGAUGUACUAUUUAUAAAAUUUAUAUUAAUAUUUUUUAUACGUACAGUAUGAUAUUAAUAAGUAUAUUUAUAAGUAGAAAAUAUAUUAGUGGUAAAUUUUAAACUAUAUAAAACGGACAGAUACAAAUUCUCUUGUGAACCUUAACGUAGAAUCAGGGAUGGAUUCGGGGUGAACUCAUCAAGCUUUAGUUAUGGUAUAAGGGUAUGACCGUUAAGCAAGUACGUAAGCUGUACCAAUUUUACAAUCAUGUUAUGUUACUAUCUCGUUUCGCCCACGGUCCGUACAAGUCAGGGAGAGUAAAAUUCAAAGACGUUCAAGCACUUCUUUAGAAAUUCAAGGACUUUACAAAUCAGUGCCGUAGCCAGAACGAUAAUUGGGGGGGGGGCAAAUAUUCAUAUAUUCGUGUUCUGCUUUAUUAAUUUCUUUUGAAAUCAAUUGUUUUUAUGGUAUGUGAACACGAAUAUAUGAAUAUUGCCCACACAAUUAUCGUUCUGGCUACGGCACUGCAUACAAAUUUUGUAACCCCCCCCCAGUGGAUCCAUUUCCAGGUAGAAUUAACAAAAAUCGGUAGAUUUUAGAACAGGUUGAACGUUGAAGUGUCUUACCUCUACAACUAUAUAUACUUCUGAAAGCUGGAGUCUUGCUAAGAAGUCAAUAUUUUAAUACGUCUUUCUUCCUCCGCCUGAUCUUUCAACUGUUGUUUACGAUCUUCCUUCUUCUGUUCAAUCGAACCAAGCAUCAGCUCGCUGUAAUAAA